AUGGAAUCCAAUGCUGGUGAGGCUCCCAAAGGCUAUGCUUCCGAUAGCACUAGUGACGUUGCUGAGGUGGAUUACAGGCUACCCACUUCUACAGAAGAGGAGACUGGAAAACCAUGCAAGAACCUGGACUCUGACAACAACCAAGAUCAAGAGGAAAGCAAGGAUGGACAGCAGGAACAGAAGGAAGAAGAACAGCAGAAGAAUGAAAAGGAGGAACAAUCCCUUUUAGAUGAAGCCAAGCGGUCUAUUGCCUAUCCAGCAGCAAAGAAGAAAAAAAGCCAACAGGAUCCUCUGUUGCCCACAGCUACUAUCACCCCUGGUACUUCUACUGCUCAUAAAGUCACCACUGUAAGUCCCAUGUUGGCAGCAGAAAAACUAAACAUUGCUUAUCCCAAAAACCGUGGAACAGCUGCUCCAACAACAGAAGUCCCAGCUGUAGACACCAAUGCGCAGCAGCCGAUCCACAAAGAGAAUCAGAUGAUGGCCAAUACUGCCAAAACUGAUGAGCCCAGUGCCCUCUUGGUGCAUGAAAAGCAACACAUUGCCUAUCCAAAAAGUGGGCCUUCUAGUAAGAACAGAGCCACCGGUAUUCGAGGACUGGCUGAGGCCAAUCAUCUGUUGCCCACCAGUGCCACUGCCGCUCAUAAAGUCACAACUCUGAGUCCCAUGUUGGCAGACGAAAAGCAAUACAUUGUAUAUCCCAAAAGACAUGGAUCAGUUGGCCAGACACAAGUGCCACCAGCCGCCAUCUUCAAUGAGCAAACCAUGGACGAUACUGUCGAAACUGCUAAGCCCACCAGUGCUCUCUUGGCACACGAAAAACGACACAUUGUCUAUCCAAAAAGUGGGCCAGCUGGUAAAAGCAGAGCCACCGGUAUUCAAGGAGAUAGGUCUGGCACUGCGGAAAAUGCAUCGGUACAGGCAGAUUCUACCAACAACAGCAGCCAAGGGCGAACCGGCAAAUCUACCACCAUCAGUUCUCCACUCCUACAAGCUGCUAAAAGCACUAUCAAAUAUCCAAUAGGAGAGACAAGCAGAACUGCUAUCACGGAUGUAGUUCAGGUUGACGCGGUACAACAUGAUGACAACCGAGGAAUUAUAUCUUGGCCUCCACCCGAAGGUGGCUUUGCCUUUGAAAAUUCAGAAUAUCCUUGUUCAGGGGUUGGACAUGAAGAACCUUUGGUCCAGGAAAGGGAAAUAGUGCUGCCCAUUUCAUUACAGAUCAAAGCCACGGUGACAGCAAUCAUCAAAUCAUCACCAUGCGUGCACAAGCUCGUGAAGGUAGCCUUACCUUUGAAAAUCUAG